AUAUAUAUAUCUGUAACCCACAGCAUGCUGUUUCGUAUUGGUCCAGUUACCAGCACAAAUAAAUAUCGCAGCUAAAAACAAGCAGAAGGGUUUUUCUCUCUGCUUGUGAAAUGGUUUGCUUUUGCUUUCUAGUAGACCAGAGGAGGAAGGUGUGGCGGAGCAAGCCGGUGGCCGGGUCAUGUUCGCGGUGCGGGCGUGGAGCAAGUGUGGCCGAUAUUAGAACUUCGACGAGGUUUUGUUACGUUCCCUUCUACUGGAAAUCUUGGAAAGCUGUUAUGUGUACCUUCUGUGGAGCUAUUCUUAGAUCUUACAGAUAAAUUUUUCUGUUCAUAUAUAGCUGGCUCUGUCUUUGUCUUUGUCUUUCUUAUUACCUUUCUGUAUAAUUUCAGAGGUCAUGGACUGCUUCUGACUUCUGAGGUUGAGAACUUGAGAUGAUCAAAGAGGGAUUAAUAUACUUGCAGUUUAUUUUCCUUUUA